UGCAGAGAGCUUCCUUUGCUGCAUAAAUUUAAGCAUGGGGAAGCCCACCAUCAAGCAGAUACUGAAGCGGUGUUCGAGCCUGGGUCGGAAGCAGGGCGAGGCGGCGGACGUGCCGAGGGGGCACUUCGCGGUGUACGUGGGCGAGAACCGGAGCCGCUUCGUGGUCCCCAUCUCCUACCUCGCCCACCCCAAGUUCCAGAGCCUACUUCGGCAGGCGGAGGAGGAGUUCGGGUUCGACCACCAGAGGGGGCUUACCAUCCCCUGCGAGGAGGUCGUCUUCAGGUCCCUCACCGCCGCCCUCAACUGAACCAAAGCCAAAUCCCUGACUUCGUUGCUGUACAUGAAAUGAGCGACGUGAGGAAGGAAAAAUGUUCCCAUGGUUGAUGCACAUCGAGCUCUGUUCUGCUUCAUCUUCUCGACAGAAGAUUUUGUUGUUAGAUAAACUAAAUAACAUCGCGUUGAUAAGUAUCGACCAUUAAGAGAUGCAUUAAUUUUCUUUUA